CCCGCUAUUUACGACAUAACCCUUCUUUCAGUGUAUAUGUAUUUAAACAAAUAUCUUUGUAAAUUUAUUGUUUUCGUUUCUUAUAUCUUUUGAAAAUGUUUUCGGGAACCCCUUUGUUGGAUAAAAUACAAUACGAACUGGGAGCCCAAGAGCCUUGGCCGAAAGAUGUAAAAUUAUAUCAGCCCUACGAGGUGGAGCAAAUCCUGUUACCAGAUAAUGCAAACUGUUUGGCUGUGCAGGCAUUUUUGCGAAUGUGCAACUUAACUUUUGAAGUUGUGUCAAAAUCAAACGCAGAGUUCAUGUCUCCAUCUGGCAAGGUACCAUUUAUUCGUUGCGGUGCGUUUGUUAUUUCCGAAUUGGAGCCGAUAGUGCAAUUUGUCAAUACCAAAGGCAUAUCUCUAACGUCAGAGCUGGAAAGUGAUCAAAAAUCUGAUAUGCGCGCUUAUAUGUCGUUAGUUCACAAUGUCCUGGAGAAUUCGGAGCUUUACCUAUGCUGGUGCGAUAAAGAAACUUAUAAUGAAGUGACCAAACCACGUAACGGCUCAGUUUACCCUUGGCCACUAAACCACUUGCAAACUUGGACAAAGAAAUCUCACGUAAUAAAACGUCUUAAAAUGAUGGGUUGGUUUAGCAAAACAAUAGACCAGGUCUACCAUGAAGUGGAGAAUUGCUGCCAGGCGUUAGCAGAUCGCCUCGAAGGAAAGGAAUUCUUCUUCGGCAAGAAGUGCACCGAGAUUGAUGCACUAAUUUACGGUCACAUUUACGCUUUCCUCACGACCCGCAAUCCCAAGCUUACAAAAAUUCUCCAAAAACACAAACAAUUGCUUACCCAUGCUCAACUAAUACACUACCGGUGCAUGCGAAACCUUCACGAAUUGUCCCCAUCACGCAGCAUUCCUUUAAGAAAGCAUAAUCUUAGAGGGAAAAGUAAAGAUGUAGGGAAACGUCCUAAUGAGAAAAGUAAGAAUAUAUGGACAAAUCCGCCAGUUGAAACCACCGCCUCUGGCGACACAGAAGGAGAGAGUUUGUCUGAUGUUGACUCUGAAGAUUUAACUGAUUGUUAAUUGUCUGUUCUGAAUAAUUGUACUAAAUAAAAUUUCUU